CAGAAUCGCGCAUCGACACAUCAACUCUCUUGACUCGCUGGGGAUGUCACGCGCACUAGCCCGCACACUCGCUAAGAAUCUUCCUCGUCACCCUGCACAGUCAUUCUCGACGAGCUCCCAGUUCAACACAGCCGAAGCGCCGCCGCCCAAGUCUGCUGGCUUUGUAAAGUAUAAUUGGGAGGAUCCACUGGGAAUCGAAAACACGCUCUUGACUGAAGAGGAAGUGUCGAUCAAGGAUGUCGCGAGAGACUACUGCCAAGAGAAGCUCGUGCCUCGCGUCAUUGAAGGCUACCGCAAUGAGAAUUUCGAUAAGUCGAUGAUGUCAGAGAUGGGUGAGCUGGGCUUGCUGGGUGCCACGAUCAAAGGCUACGACUGUGCUGGCGUAUCGUCAGUGGCGUACGGUCUCAUCGCUCGCGAAGUCGAGCGCGUCGACAGCGGAUAUAGAUCAGCCAUGAGCGUUCAGAGCUCGCUAGUCAUGCAUCCCAUCUACGCAUUCGGCAAUGAGCAGCAGAAGCAAAAGUGGCUGCCACGCCUGGCAAAAGGCGAGCUCAUCGGCUGUUUCGGUCUUACAGAGCCUGGCCACGGUAGUGACCCGUCUGGCAUGGUAACCGAAGCUCAGGAGAAGCCAGGAGGCGGCUUUAUCAUCUCUGGAAGCAAGACGUGGAUUUCCAAUAGUCCCAUUGCGGAUGUCUUCAUCAUCUGGGCCAAGUGCAAAUGGGAUGGCAAGAUCAGAGGCUUCAUCCUCGAGAAGGGUAUGAAAGGUCUCACUGCGCCCAAGAUCGCCAACAAGCUCGCGCUACGGGCCUCGAUCACCGGCUCGAUUUACAUGGACGAAGUCGAGGUCGGAAGCGAUGCACUGCUUGAAGGCGUGUCCGGCCUGAAAGGACCAUUCGGCUGUCUUAAUAAUGCUCGCUUCGGCAUCAGCUUUGGCGCGAUCGGCGCAUUGGAAGACGCGCUAGCACGAGCGAGGCAGUAUGCGCUCGAGAGAACGCAAUUUAAGGUACCGCUGGCGUCGUUCCAGCUCGUACAGAAGAAGCUUGCGGAUGCGCAUACAGAAGCUACUCUGGGUCUGCUUGCAUCCAUACAGCUCGGUAGGCUAAAGGAUAGCGGUGCCUGGGCUCCUGAGAUGAUCUCACUGCUCAAGCGCAACAAUUGCUCAAAGGCGCUCAAGCAUACUCGCAAGGUCAUGGAGAUAUUCGGCGGCAAUGCUAUCGUAGAGGAGUACGGCGUCAUGCGAAUUGCUUCGAACUUAUAUGUCGUGAACACAUACGAAGGCACCGAAGACAUCCAUGGCCUGAUCCUUGGCAAAGCACUCACCGGCAUCCAGGCUUUCCAUGCGUGAAAGAAAGGCCGCACGAUUUGUAUGCCGACAGCGCAAUAAUCAGUUGUACAUGCAUUGCAGCCUGCAUUUCAU